UCUCUGUCGGAGCCUGCAUCGCGGGGAGGCGAGAGGCCUGAUCCCCCCCGGGCUCAGGUGCUUCCAGCAGACUCCCUGCCGCUGUCUCUUUGCCGGGGCGUCAUGGCCUCGGCCGCCCCGUCCCUCUCGGACGCUAUCGCCAUCGACUUCCUGACCUGCCCCAUCUGCCUGGAGCGGCUUCGCCGGCCCAAGAUCCUGCCCUGCCUGCACACCUACUGCCAGGGCUGCCUGGAGGGGCUGCUGGGCGCCGGGCCGGGGCUGCGGUGCCCCGAGUGCCGGGAGGACGUGUCCCUGCCGCAGGGGGUGGCCGGCCUCAAGACCAACUUCUUCGUCAACGGGCUGCUGGAGCUGGUGCGGCCGGCGGGCGAGGCGGGGCUGACCUGCGCCCUGUGCCCGCUGAUCGGGCAGGAGGGCGGCCGCCCGGCCGUCGCCCGCUGCCUGGACUGCGCCGACAGCCUGUGCCAGGCCUGCGCCGCCGGGCACCGCUGCUCCCGGCUUACCCACGCCCACCGGCUGGUGAGCCUGCAGGGCUACCUCUCCGGGGAGCACGACGCGGAGAUCCGGCAGCGCCAGGCCGCCCGCUGCCCCGAGCACCCGGCCGAGGAGGUGCGCUUCUUCUGCCAGCCCUGCGCCAGCCCCCUCUGCCGGGAGUGCCGGCUGGGCCCGCACCUGGAGCACCCCUGCCAGACGCUGGAGGAGGCGGCCGAGGCCCGGCGGCCCCUGGUGGCCGAGCUGCUGGCCGGCGUGGAGGAGGCGGCGGGGCGGGUGGCCCGGGGGCGGGCGGCGCUGGAGGAGGAGCUGGAGCAGCUGCGGCGGCACGAAGCCGGCCUGCGGGACGUGGUGAAGCGCGCCUGCGCCGACGCGGCCCGGCGCCUGCUGGCCCAGCAGGAGGAGGUGCUGGCCGCCCUGCGGCGCCACGUGGAAGGGCGCGAGACGGCGGCCGGCCUGCUCCGGACCGAGCUGCAGCUGCAGGAGCAGCUGGCCCGCGGCACGGCCGACGUCGCCCGCCAGGUGCUGGCCCUGGGCCGGCCGGUGGAGAUCGUCUCGCUGGAGGCCUUGCUCACCCAGCGGCUCGCCCGGCUCCGGGGCUUCCACUGGGAGCCCCUUGGGGGGCCGCGCCCCCGGCUGGUCGUCCGCGCCGAUCUCCAGAACCUGAGCAGCCUCUUCCAGCUGGACGUCGGCGAGGCCGAGCCCCAGGGCCGAGGGGAGGACAGGGCCCAGCAUGACGCCCCUUCCCUGGAGCCGUCGGCCUCUGCCCCGGAGCUGCCGGCCCCUUCCCCGAAGCCACGGGCCCCUUCCCUGGAGCCGUCGGCCUCUGCCCCGGAGCUGCCGGCCCCUUCCCCGAAGCCACGGGCCCCUUCCCUGGAGCCGUCAGCCUCUGCCCCGGAGCUGCCGGCCCUUUCCCCGAAGCCACGGGCCCCUUCCCUGGAGCCGUCGGCCUCUGCCCCGGAGCUGCUGGACCCUGCCCCAGAUCCACCCUCGUGCCGGCCGCCCCCCACCGCCCGCUUCUCCUGCAGCUUCUCGGUGCGGGUCCCCGGGGACAAGCAUCGGCCCCGAGUCACGGGGCUUUGCCCCCUGGGCUCCAGGGAGCUGCUCCUGGCCGACGAGGAGAACCGCAGCCUCAAACGCUUCUCGCUGCAGGGGGACUUCCGGGGCGCCGUCCCCGUGCAUGGCGGCGUGGCCCCCUGCAGCGUGGCAGCCGUGGGCAGCCGGGUGGCCUACACCGCCGGCUCCCGGCUCUACCUGGCGGAGCGGGACGGCGCCCUGGUCUGGCAGAAGGCCCUGCGCCCCACCCAGGCCAGCCACGCCGUCACGCCGGCGGCGGAGGGGGGCGAGGCCGUGGCGGUGAGCGUGGCGGGGCACCUGGAGGUCUACGAUGCCCGGGGGGAGCUGGUGGAGAAGAUUUUCCCGGACGGGCACGACCGUCUGGCCAUGGUGUUCGUGGCCGGCCGGCGCGGGCGCUACGUGGCCUCGGACUGGCACCGGCGCAGCGUGGUGGCGUUUGACGGGCACGGGCAGCUGCUGGCAGAGCUGGGCGAGGAGCGGCUGGAGCGGUGCCAGCCGGGGGCCGUCUGCGCCGACGACAGGGGCCAUUUCUACGUGACCCUGCGGGAGCUGAACAAGGUGAUGGCGUUCGGGCCGGGCGGGGAGGCGCUGGGGCCCUUCCUCACCGCCCGGCACGGCAUCGAGCGAGCCCGGGUGGCCACCGUCACCGGGGACGGGCACUUCGCCGUGGCGCUGAGCGACGGCACCGUCCACAUCUUCCGCAUCCAGUACCCGGGUCAGUGAGCGGGGGGGAGCACGGGGACGGGGGAGCUGAGAAGAGUGAGAGUGUGUGUGUGUGUGUGUGUGUGCAUUAGUUUGUGUCGGUGCGUGCAUGUGUGUGUGUGUCAGUGUGUGCAUUUGUGUGUGUGUCAGUUCAUUAG